AUGAUCUCCCGGCUCCUGAACGUGGGAAUGUCAGGCGGUCGCCUCACCACUCAGGUCAGCGAGCAGGAGAUCCAGACCCUAUGUGGAUUAGCCAAAGAAGUGUUCAACAGUCAGCCGUCGCUCAUCGAAGUUGACCCGCCACUUGUCGUUUGUGGCGACAUUCACGGUCAAGUAGGUUGCUGAGUUACUAUAAGUUACUAAGUUUAUAAAAAGUUGCUGUUAAUCUAUAAUUGUUAAGUUUUUCUCUUUACUUAUUGACCACGCAAAUAAUUAUGACAAAAUGUUUUUGAAUUUUUGAUGUUUUUAACUUUAUGAUUACAGUACUCGGAUCUUCUCCGUAUCUACGACAAGAAUGGUUUCCCUCCAGAACAGAAUUACCUCUUCCUUGGCGGUAAGUCAUAUACUUUUUGAUCAAUUAUUCUUGGUUCAACUUAUAUUUUUGAAAGUUUUUUAUUCAGUUUAUAGUAACCAAGCUUUUGCUAGUUACUGUAGCGUUUUUAGAUCUUAAAUAUAGUACAACAAACAGAGUUUUAGUCAUUUAUAACCUUAGAAACUUCUGUUUCAGAUUAUGUUGACCGCGGAAGACAGAACAUUGAAACAAUCUCGUUGAUGUUCUGCUACAAGAUCAAGUACCCGGAGAACUUCUUUAUGCUGCGCGGCAACCACGAGUGUCCAGCCAUCAAUCGCGUGUACGGCUUCUUCGAGGAAUGUAACCGACGCUACAAGUCGAUCCGACUGUGGAACGUGUUCCAGGACACAUUCAACCACAUGCCCUUGUGUGGCCUGAUCGCCGGCAAGAUUCUGUGCAUGCACGGUGGACUGUCGCCUCAACUGACCAGCAUCGACCAGCUCCGCACCAUCAACCGUCCCCAAGACCCGCCCAACCCGAGCAUGGGCAUUGACUUGUUGUGGGCCGAUCCCGACCAGUGGGCCAAGGGAUGGCAGGCAAACACGCGCGGUGUGUCCUACGUGUUCGGCCAAGACGUUGUGGUUGACACCUGCGCGAAACUCGAUAUUGAUUUGGUAGCAAGAGCUCAUCAGGUGGGUAAUAUUUUUAUUUUGUUUUGCUUGGGGGAUUUUAAUGUACAUUUUGUUCGAAAUUUUGAAAUUUCUUGGAAUAUUUUUUAAAAUUAAAUUUUGAAAAAUUUUAUACGUUUUUUGUUACGGUAUUAGCGAAAAAACCUAUAAAUUGCGGUUUCAGGUAGUCCAAGAUGGGUACGAGUUCUUUGCCAACCGCCGCCUGGUCACCAUCUUCUCGGCUCCUCAUUACUGUGGCCAAUUCGACAACGCUGCUGCCACUAUGCACAUUACUGAGGACUUGAACUGCUCUUUCAACAUCUAUCGUCCCGCCGCCAAGGCCGUUCGUAUGGCCAUGAAGGCUUGA